AUGGCAUACAAGGUCUUCAACGACACCAUCGACAUGCUCCUGAAGCUAAAGAUGAUCGGUGACCACGCCGGAGGGUGGGUCCAGGUUCUGGAGCCCAUCGAUGCCCCCGAGUUUGCUCGGCGGCUUGAGGUCCUUGGCUUCCCCGGCGACCCAGCAGAGAUUGCGGGAGAGGUGUCACGGUGCCGAGGGGGCCCCGGUGUGUCUGUGGAGCACAUCUGCAGUGCCCUUUUCGGUAUCAAGCAGUUCCGGCGCGCGGGUCAAGGGACGGCCAAAGACGCCGCGAAGACCAAGAGCGCUUCCGCGCGCAAGAAGAAUCCCAUCCGAAAAGCAGAAUGGGACUCCAGCAUCUUCUCAGGUUACUGUACCAACGCCUCCAGGCCCUCUUCCCUUCGAGUCUACUUCAGCACGCCGCCGAAAGAUCCGGUCCUUCACAGGGCGGCCUCCAACCCUUCGCUGACUAGGCCACAGGCCAAAGGAGCCAAGGGCAGCCCGCAGGUGCGGCGCGGCCGCAGCGCCUCGCCUCUCAGCGAGCGGCUCCCACGCCGGGUCCGACCGGGAGAGCUGCACCACAGGGCAUGA